AUGCACGCAAUUUUGUUACUCUACGCGCUUGUAGCUGCAACAGGCGCUGCCAAAUUGGGCUAUAACUAUCAGCAUGGGCGCUUGGCGGGACUCAUUGAUACGCAGGCCACGGGCUUUAGUGCAACAGCAGCGCACGUGCAACAACAACAACAACAACAACAGCAAGCUGUGCUGCAGCCUGUGGCUGAUGAAUUCAACAAGGAGUUCUUUACCUAUGCUGCACCUGAGGAAGACUUUAUUGACCACGAGGCUGCCCAGCAGCUGAACUCUGCGCUCAAACGCAAUUUGCGCGUGUUGUUCAUCAAGUCGCCCGAGCAUCAAGCUCUAACCAAUGCUGCCUUACAGCUUGCCAAGCUGGGCAGCGAGCAACGCACCGCCAUCUAUGUGCUCACCAAGCAGCCAGACAUUGACCAGCUGGCGCAGCGUGUGCAGCAGCAGAGCAACUCGCACUCCCCCAAGCCUGAGGUGCACUUUGUCAAGUAUCGCACGCCCGAGGAUGCGCAGCGCGCCCAAGAGCUUAUCCAGCAGCAGUUCAAUGCACUGGGCGGCACCUCGCACAGCUCCGACGAGGGCGUGGCGCCUGUUUUGGACUUUAGCUCAGCGCCAGCGUCUGCUGCUGAUGCGCCACAGUCCAAGUACUUGCCGGCGGCGUAA